AUGGUCCAGCAGGCUGUACAGGGAGGAGCUCCAGCUGCUUACGCCCAAGAAAUGGAGAGGCUAACCGCUAAAGAAUCCCUUCUUCUUGCUUAUUUUGAUCUGUUAAUCUUCACCGAUUUAGACUCUUUAGAUAUAUCUAUAUACCGUUAUAUGCCUUCGGAUCUGUACAAUUUAAACUCAGCAUAUGGUUCUGAGGAGGAACUUAAACACUGCAUUGAAGAAAUGCAUUCUCAAGACCUUUUGGCCUUGGGAGAUGUUGUGCUGAAUCAUCGGUGUGCACAUAAACAGAGCCCAAAUGGUGUUUGGAACAUUUUUGGUGGCAAGCUUUCUUGGGGCCCUGAGGCAAUUGUUUGCGAUGAUCCAAAUUUUCAAGGUCGUGGAAACCCUUCUAGUGGUGAUAUAUUCCAUGCUGCACCAAACAUCGAUCAUUCCCAGGAGUUUGUAAGAAAAGAUAUAAAAGAGUGGUUAAAUUGGCUUCGAAAUUACAUUGGUUAUGAUGGGUGGCGCCUUGACUCUGUGAGGUCAUCAGUGACUUUUACAAUAAAUGAACAUCAUUCUUUCCAUCAUUGA